AUGGCUGACACCGCCUCACUGAAAGCUCUUAUACUACUUACUCUAUCCCAAUCUACGACGAUUCACUUCUCCUUAGAAACAUCUUACGGCUUGGUGUUAGAGUAUCAAUCCGGCAAACGGCUGUGCUUCCGCCUCAAAGAUUCUAUAACAGCAUCACAUACGCAACUACCAACCCAGUCUCAUUCGGAAGGUCUGGAAUACGAGGCCUCGUCCGGAGCUAAGCCGCUAGGUGGACCAGAUUCACGCCCCGACGACUUGUCCAAAGCCCGACUCGAUUCUGUUGGUCCAGGCCAACAACCCAACCAGUCUGGCUACCGCUACCUGAUCGACCCAGACUAUGGCACCUCCGCCUUGUGUAUCGUCCAAAAUGGCCUGGUAACCCCGAGGGCGACCUUUGAGAAGUGGCAAAGGCUAUGGACGGAAGCUUUCAAGGCCCAGGAGUGCCAUCUCGGUUCUCAUAAGAAGCCGUUUCCGGAUCUAGAGGAGCGGAAGACUUGGUUCGUGGAGGGUGCGCUGCUAGCGGCUUGGCUUGUGCUGCAGGACGAUGUUGACCAGGUGGCUUACGACCUGGAUGAUGGAAUAUUUGAGCUGCGGCGCGAUGAUCUGGAGGAGACCUUGGCAGGGAUGCUCUACGAUUUGACCGAUGGUUUGAAUAUUAAAGAGGAGUCGGAUUCCGACUAG